AUUUUAAAUGUUUCCUUUAAAUACAGGAAUCCAUGUUUUUGAAAUCAGUGUGUGCCUGUGACAAGUAACAAGAGGGUCUAAAGUGUAACGUUGAUGUAAAGGAGACCAUGCCUCCUCAAGUAGACCCGGUUCCCAGUGGAGUGGUGUUCGAAUCUGAUACCCAGACGUCAGACCUCGGACUUGCCAAAGACGUGUCAAAGUUGAAACACGCCAGCGUAAGGAAGCACGAGUAUGUGUGGUUCAACAUAUUCUGGUUUCUCUUCCUACAUAUCUCUUCCGUGUACGGAUUGUAUCUAGUCUUCACGUCUGCUAAGUGGCAAACUAAUGUGUUUGCAUUUGCAGUCCACCUUAUGUGCGCCAUCGGCAUCGGCGCAGGAUCUCAUAGACUAUGGACUCACAGGUGCUUCAAGGCGCGCACACCUCUGAGAGUUGUCCUCAUGUUAUGGCAGACUAUGGGAUUCCAGGACUGCAUAUUCGAGUGGGCUCGCGAUCACCGCACUCAUCACAAAUAUGCGGACACGGAUGCAGACCCUCACAACGCUGAGCGAGGAUUGUUCUUCUCCCACAUGGGCUGGCUCUGCUGCAAGAAGAGCCCAGAAGUCAUUGAGGGAGGGAAACGGAUUGAUCUCACCGACUUGUAUGCUGAUCCCGUGGUUAUGUUCCAAAAAAGGCACUACAUGAAAAUGAUGCCAGUGUUAUGUUUCCUGCUGCCAACCGUUAUCCCAGUAUACUUUUGGGGAGAAACCUGGACUAAUGCUUUCUUCAUACCCACAAUUCUGAGAUAUACUUGCGGAAUCAACGUUGUAUGGAGCGUCAACAGUUUUGCACACACAUUCGGAUACAGGCCUUAUGACAAGUCACUGAACCCUCGUGAGAACAUAGGAGUUUGGAUGAUCUGCGUGGAGGGCUUCCACAACUACCACCACACGUUCCCGUGGGACUACCGCGCGACUGAACUCCCUCUCUACAAUAUGCUCACGCCGACCAUCGUGUUUAUCGAAUUUAUGGCUAAAAUUGGACAAGCAUACGACUUGAAGUACGUAUCGCCGGAGAUCAUCAAGCAACGAGUCCAUCGCACUGGGGACGGCACACAUCACCUAUGGGGGUGGGACGACCCUGAAUUCAAUGAGAAACUCAAGGCGAAAUAUGGAGCCGUCUGCCACAGUGACGACAGAAAGGAAGCAUAAUUAAAUUAGCUAACCAUUUACGUUUAAAGACUGUAGUAAAUUAAUUGUAUAACAUUUUACUGGUGAUAUUAUAUGACAACAAUUUGUACCUAAAGCAAAUACAAAUAUAAUCUAAAUCCAA